UGUUUGUGUGGAGUGAGAGAGAGAGGAUGAGCAGAAGAGAGAGAGAGAUGAAACAAGAAUAGAAGAAUCCAGGCUGACAGGCUCCCUAAUAGAGCAUGAGUAACUCGACUAGAGACUGCAACAGAAUUUUCAGUUCGUCAUUUUCCUGUGCAUGGUUAGGAUUUAGCUCGUUCCUUUUGUUUGUUUGUUUUUCUUUUAAAUAAGUAUCAGAAAGAAUCCCUCAGAAUGGACCGGCGAAUGAACUUCAGUUAUUGGAUGCGAGUAGUCUUUUUUUGCCUGUUUUUUACUGCGUCGUCUGGGAAGGUGCGUUACGUCCUUCCGGAAGAGAUGCAGACGGGUUCUAUAGUUGGAAACGUUGCACGGGAUCUGCGUCUGGAAGUGAGGGAGCUCCGUGCCCGUCGCGCCCGCGUUGUCGCAGACGGGAUCAGUCAGCUUUGUGAACUGGACCUGGCGUCGGGCAAUCUUUUGAUCAGCCAACGGAUUGACAGAGAGGAGCUCUGCGCACAAGACAGCGGGUGCACCAUACAGCAUCAGAUUUUACUGGAAGACCCCCUGCAAGCAUAUGGUCUGCUUUUAGACAUCACGGACAUCAAUGACAACACUCCAGUGUUUGCUGCGGGGGAGAUAAACCUUGAUUUAGUCGAGUCUACAGUCCUGGGGAGACGUUUUCCACUGGAGAGCGCACAUGACCCUGAUCUGGGGACAAACUCUGUUAACCAAUACAAACUGAGCCCAAAUGAUCAUUUUGGUCUGGAAAUAGACACCCAAAUAAAUGGCAAUGCAUAUCCGGAACUUGUUCUUAAAAAGGCAUUGGAUCGAGAGACACAAGCAGAACAUGUACUGAAAAUCAAUGGCAUUGACGGAGGGAAUCCAGCCAGAACUGGGACUGCUUCUAUCCGCAUCCGUGUUCUGGACACCAAUGACAAUGUCCCAGUUUUUAGCCAGCGGGUUUACAGAGCAUCGGUACCGGAAAACUCUGUCACGGGGACGAUAAUAGCACAACUGAAUGCCACAGACUUGGACGAAGGUCUGUAUGGAGAGAUAACAUACUCUUUCAGUCACCUGUCCGACAAGACCAGAGGAGUUGUUCACAUUGACCCUUUGAGCGGUGAAGUCCGGGUAGCAGGUGUCUUUGACUAUGAGGAGGCGAGUACGCACGAGUUGGAUGUCCAGGCCAAAGAUGGGGGUGGCCAGGCCUCCCAUUGUAAACUUGUAAUCGAUGUCAGUGAUAUCAACGACAACAAACCUGUGAUUGAAAUAAAGUCGGCAUCGGCGAAUGUGGCCGAAGACUCGAAACCUGGAACAAUGGUGGCCCUGAUCAACAUUUAUGACUUGGACACAGGGAACAGCGGAGACGUCACAUGUUCCAUUCCUGACAACGUCCCAUUUCAGUUAGUAUCAGAAGUGAAAAACUACUACAUGUUAUUGACGUAUGGAACACUAGACCGCGAGCUUCAGUCAGAGUAUAACAUCACUAUUACAGCCACUGAUUCGGGUUCUCCCUCUCUGCAGGGUAUGAAAGUUUUAACUAUCGUAGUUAAUGACGUAAAUGACAACCCCCCAAAUUUUACACAGAGCGAGUACACUGCCAAUCUCUUAGAAAACCAACCUGUAGGUGCGUUUGUUAUGAAAGUCACCGCCCAGGACAGGGAUGACGCAUCGAAUGCCAAAUUACUCUACCGAAUUUUGAAAGAUACAAACUCAGACGUUUCCUCCUUCCUCACCAUUAACAUAGAAACGGGGGAGCUUUUUACGUCGCGGCUCUUCGAUUACGAGCAGUCUGCUUACUUCCAAAUCAAGGUAGAGGCGCGGGAUGGGGGCGACCCCCAACUCACCGCCACCUGCAUUGUCAAUGUUUUUAUCAAGGACCAGAAUGAUAAUGCCCCAGUUGUUUUAUACCCUGUGCAAGCCUUCAUUGUUGAAGACAUGGUACCCCUUGAAGCACCAAGAGGUUACUUGGUGACCAAGGUGGUGGCUGUGGAUGCCGACUCCGGCCAUAACGCAUGGCUCUCCUACAGAAUAAUCAAAGAAACUCAACCUAAUCUCUUUAUGGUGGGUUUACACACGGGCGAAAUCAGAACCGCGCGAUCCUUUUUGGGGAACGAUGAACCGAAGCAAACGAUUGUUAUCGUGGUGACGGAUAACGGACAUGAUCCCCUUUCAGCCACGGCUACAGUUAGCAUUGCCAUCGGUGAAGGGUUGCCGGUUGUCCAAGAACUAUUUGAGCUAGUAGACGAAUCCCAGGGCAGCUAUAGUUUGCGGCUGUAUUUGGUCAUCGCCCUGUUAACCGUUUCCUCUCUCUUGAUCUUUCUAAUCAUCGCCGUGUGUUAUUUCAAGCUUUGUCGACGGGGUUAUGUAUAUCGUUCCACCUCCACAAACCUCCCCGUUUUCCCCACGACUUACUACCCGCCUAGUUUUACAGAUUUUAGCCACUGUGGGACUCUGCUGAAAGACGACAGGUACGAUCCCUUUCUGACCACCGGCUCAUGGAGAGGUGACUUUCGGUUCGGUUCUAACACGGACACUGACACGCUGAAGAAAAGGAGCGCGGCGUAUCAAAAGAACACCCUUCGGCGCACCAGUGCAGAUAGAUCCACCUUAAAGAUUCGGGCGGGGGCGGGUCCCCCCCCUCCUUGUUACGUCAUCACUUGAAGUACUGCACAUUAAAACGGGUGUUGUCCUGUCAGGAACACGAACCAGGCCCUAUAGUACAUGUUUUGGUCAUAGACAUCUUUAUUUUGUGUUAUGCUUCUUCUUCUUUUUCUUUUUUUUUAUGCUUUGUUUUUUAUUUUAACUUUGUCAUACAAUUAUUGAAUUUGCUGACAGUGUUUUCCUGUGUUGUCUGAUUUAAUCACAAACUGUAAAGAUAUAUGAAAUUAUAUAAUGUGUGACAAAUUUAAAUAACAUGUGAAUGAUGCCACCUCAGUAGAAGCAUUUAAGUCUCACCUUAAAACUCAUUUGUAUACUCUAGCCUUUAAAUAGACUCCCUUUUUAGACCAGUUGAUCUGCCGUUUCUUUUCUUUUUCUUCUAUGUCCCACUCUCCCUUGUGGAGGGGGUCCGGUCCGAUCCGGUGGCCAUGUACUGCUUGCCUGUGUAUCGGCUGGGGACAUCUAUGCGCUGCUGAUCCGCCUCCGCUUGGGAUGGUUUCCUGCUGGCUCCGCUGUGAACGGGACUCUCACUGCUGUGUUGGAUCCGCUUUGGACUGGACUCUCGCGACUGUGUUGGAUCCAUUGUGGAUUGAACUUUCACAGUAUCAUGUUAGACCCGCUCGACAUCCAUUGCUUUCCUCCUCUCCAAGGUUCUCAUAGUCAUCAUUGUCACCGACGUCCCACUGGGUGUGAGUUUUCCUUGCCCUUAUGUGGGCCUACCGAGGAUGUCGUGGUGGUUUGUGCAGCCCUUUGAGACACUAGUGAUUUAGGGCUAUAUAAGUAAACAUUGAUUGAUUGAUUGAUUGAUUGUUGUAUAUACGGUAUGUAUGAAGGGAUUUUAUUUACAAUGUCAUAGCAAAAUGUUGCAAUAUUGACCUCCUACUGAUGAAUUAGCCUACAGCAGGGGUCACCAACACGGUAAGGACCAGAUAAGUCGCCCGCUGGCCUGUUCUAAAAAUAGCUCAAAUAGCAGCACUUACCAGUGAGCUGGCUCUAUUUUUUAAAUGUUAUUUAUUUACUAGCAAGCUGGUCUCGCUUUGCCCGACAUUUUUAAUUUUAAGAGAGACAAAACUCAAAUAGAAUUUGAAAAUCCAAGAAAAUAUUUUAAAUACUUGUUCUUCACUUAAAUAAUUUUUUUUUUUUUUUUUACUUUGCUUAUAACUUUUCAGAAAGAACAUUUUAGAGAAAAAAUACAACCUUAAAAAUUAUUUUAGGAUUUUUAAACACAUAUACCUUUUUACAUUUUGAAUUCCUUCCUCUUCUUUCCUGAAAAAUUAAAUCAAUGUUCAGGUAAUUUAUUGUUUUAUUGUAAAGAAUAAUAAAUACAUUUUUCGAUGAAAUGAAGUGAAUUAUAUUUAUAUAGCGCUUUUCUCUAGUGACUCAAAGCGCUUUACAUAGUGAAACCCAACAUCUAAGUUACAUUUAAACCAGUGUGGGUGGCACUGGGAGCAGGUGGGUAAAGUGCCUUGCCCAAGGACACAACGGCAGUGACUAGGAUGGCGGAAGCGGGAAUCGAACUCUACCAACCGAGCUAUUCCGCCCGACGAAGGAUAUUUGUGAAAUAUUUCAUCAAACUUAUUAUGAUUAAAAUUCAAAAAAAAUUAUUCUGGCAAAUCUAGAAAAUCUGUAUAAUGAAAUUUAAAUCUUAUUUCAAAGUCUUUUGAAUUUCUUUUAACAUUUUUGUUUUGGAAAAUCUAGAAGAAAUAAUGAUUUGUCUUUGUUAGAAAUAUAGCUUGGUCCAAUUUGUUAUGUAUUCUAACAAAGUGCAGAUGGGAUUUUAACCCAUUUAAAGUCUAAUGAGAAAAAGUGGCAAUGUUGACACAAAAACUUACCAUGCAGGCAAUUUUUUUUUUCCUUUUUUCUUUAUUUUCUUUUUUUUCCACUGCUCAAAAUUUUAAAAAAAAAAGGACAAAAAAAUCUAUGUUAUAAUGAAUUAUUACUUAAAAAUUAUCACUUUAAUAUGUUUUGUGUGGAAAAAAUAUUGCAUAUGUUGUGUGGUUGCCAUAUAAAAACAUAAAAAAAUUGACAAAAGAGCAUAAAACAAACAAAAAAAUUGUUCAAACUUAAAAUCGACAGAUAUAUCGGAAGUUGAUCUUAAGAGUAAACAAAAAACUAAUAAUGCAUCUCUUUAUGAGUGGGGAAAUUGCAAAAUUGAUAGUAUUGCACAAAUAAAUAAAUAAAAACAUUUAAACAAGUGGAAUUAUUGUGAGAAAUCAUGAAGAUGAUCAAUGUUUCCACAAAGAUAAAUAUCAUUAAUUAUUAAUAUUAACAUAGAGUUAAGGGUAAAUUGAGAAAAUUGGCUAUAUUUCUGGCAAUUAAUUUAAGUGUGUAUCAAACUGGUAGCCCCUCGCAUUAAUCACUACCCAAGAAGUAGCUCUUGGUUUCAAAAAGGUUGGUGACCCCUGACCUACAUAAUGCACUGUGGUGAAUAACUUUACAGAUGAGCAAUGUCAUGUGCGGGUUUAAAUAAUGUUAUAUAAGCAUGAUCAAUAUAGCUUUGUUUGUAUUUUUUGUCCAAAAAGACAUAGUGGGAAAUAUUAAUGUUUGCACAUCGGCCUUUGUUGUUUCUCCAUUGCUUGCUCUAAGGCACUUUUAGACAUCUUAGUCUCUUCAAUAUGUUGACAUUAAUAAUAUCUUAUGUUGUUUUUCUUGUGAAUUUUUGCAUGGUGACCUCCAGAUUUCGCAUUGUCAACAGAAAUGUAAUAUUUUUUACUUUUAAAAUCACAUCUGCAGAACUUCCUGUACUUUGACCAUUUUAAAAGAUACAACAAUACAAUAUUGUACUUGCAGAUUAGAGUUGUUUUUUUCCUAUGUUGCACAAUUGUUUUCCUUUUUUAUUUCCUAUUUUUCAAUCUCAGCCUUUUUUUCCUUUUUGGUCUUGUAUUGUUCCCACCCUUAAGUCAGUGGCCAUCAAUAUUGCAUGUAUUAUCCAUUUUUCUUAUAUGAUGAUUUUAUUCCCUAUACAUGUACCUCUAUUAAAUGAAAUACGAUUAUUUAACUAAAUGUGUGAUUAAAUAAAUGUUGAUUUUAUAAGAACAACAUGA